CAGCUGAGCGUGUACCACUCUCUAGCCUGCAUUUGUGGUGGCGUGUAAUAAUCUGGUUCUUUCUUUUUCUCCAGAGCAGAGUGAAAAUUGACAGAUAUAUGCAGGACAGCCAACGAUAGAAGGCGAGACAUCCAUCGCUGGCUACACCAUUUUCCCUGGAAUAUUGUUAUGAAGAUGAGGCUCCUCGACGCACUCCGUUGCAUGCUUGCGCUGUCGUUGCUACGAACUGCAACGGCACGAGCAUCCAGUGUGCAAAGAAGCCAAGCCGGCUGCCAGGAGAGCUGUGGCAACCUGAGUUUCCAGUAUCCAUUCGGCAUAGGGGUGGGUUGCUUCCGGCCACCAGAGCGAGACUUUGAGCUCAUCUGCAACAACAUGCACGGUGCUUUGCAGUCCCCCAGACUAUUCCUGCACGACGGCAUCACGGAGGUCACCGGUGAUAUCAUCACCGGCGAUGCCAGACAAGAAAUCGAGGUAUCAUUUUCUCAUUCCCUCUCCGUGAGAUCUGAGGUCGACGCGUACAGCAUCACCUGGAAUCCUAGGAAAUCUCCCGGUAGAUAUGUUUCAGCACUAAGCUUCACUGGUUGCGACUUCGACAUGUACGUGCUAGAGCAUGGCACGAACAAGACGGUGGGUCAGUGCACUGCUACAUGCCCUGUCAAAGAUAUCACGGAUACGGUGGCUUGGCAGUAUUGCAACGGUACAGGAUGUUGCUUCACCAACGUCGAUGCCGAGUUUGCUACAGGCAUCGAGAUAAAGUUUGUCCGCCACAAGAUUGGACAGCUGAAGUUCCAAGCGAACAGCAACCGAAGCUCUAUAUGGCAUACAGUUGAUGUAACCGCUGAUUCCAUUAUUAUGUGGGGUAUCAUCGUUAAUGAACAUGGCCCCUUGCAAAACAGCACAGAUUAUGCAUGUCUCAGCAAACGUAGCAGCAGUCACCAGUUCAUAUCAUCUGUCGCUUAUGCUUGCGUGUGCGACAGUGGUUACCGAGGUAAUCCGUACAUAACUGAUGGCUGCUCGCGUGACAAAGGAUAUGAUCCAGUACAACGGAAGACCAACUGCUCUAGAUGGUGUGGGGAAAUCAAUGUCCCUUUCCCAUUUGGCUUAGAGGACGGUUGUUCUGCAAGGACGUCAUUUCAGCUCAAUUGUACAAAUUCGUCCACGUCUACCCUCCAGUUUCUUGUCGAGUCCUACGGUAUACACAACACUUAUGUAAAGUACAUAAAUAUCAUGAAGGGGCUAGUGAAUGUUAAAUACAGCUUAUAUGAUGAACAUGCCCAUUCGGUACGUAUACCUAAAGAUCCUGGCCUCUAUGUUACCUCCUGGGAAGUUGCAUCACAGCUGUGGGCUGUAGCCAAUUUAACAUGCCAGGAAGCACAGAAGAAUAGAACCGGAUAUGCAUGUGUUAGCAUUAAUAGCACAUGCUUGGGUGUCAACUCCGAACAAGUUUAUGUCGGUUACCAUUGCAAAUGUAUGGCCGGCUUUUAUGGGAAUCCAUAUAUAGCGGAUGGGUGUCAAGAUGUUGAUGAGUGCAAGAUACCAGACACAUGUAAUUGGAUUUGCCAUAACACUGUAGGAAGUCAUUAUUGCACCGAAUGUCCUAGCAAUACAGUGUACAACACAGCAACAAAGACAUGCACAUCAAUCAAACAAAAUCUGGUACUAGGUAUCACCAUUGGGAUUACCGUUGGUUUCGGAACUCUACUUCUCAUCUUAAUUGUAAUAUUUUCCAUUCUUAUAUGGAGAAAAGGCAUCCAGAAGCAACUACGAAGAAAGCAUUUUCGGCAGAACCAAGGUCUACUCCUUGAACAAUUGAUAUCAUCAGAUGAAUAUGCGAGUGACAACACUAAGAUUUUCUCACUAUCAGAGUUAGAAAAGGCAACAAAUAACUUUGAUCCCACACGUAUUGUUGGUCGUGGAGGGCAUGGCAUGGUUUAUAAAGGCAUCUUAUCCGACCAACGGGUAGUAGCCAUAAAGAAGUCUAAAGUCAUUGAGCAGGUUGAGAUAAGCCAGUUUAUCAAUGAGGUUGAUGUCCUCUCCCAGGUAAAUCACCGGAAUAUUGUGAAGCUCUUCGGUUGUUGUCUUGAGACAGAAGUCCCACUGCUAGUGUAUGACUUCAUCCCUAAUGGUUCAUUAUUUGGAAUCCUUCAUCCCAGUACCACUAGCAGCUCUGUCUUGUCAUGGGAUGAUUGUUUGAAAAUUGCUGCAGAAGCUGCUGGAGCACUCUAUUACCUCCACUCAGCUGCUUCAGUAUCAAUAUUCCAUCGUGAUGUGAAGUCCACUAACAUACUCUUAGAUGGAAAUUACACUGCAAAAGUAUCAGAUUUUUGCGCUUCAAGGUUGGUUCCUAUUGACCAAACUCAUGUCGUUACAAAUAUACAAGGCACAUUUGGAUACUUGGAUCCAGAAUAUUACCACACGGGUAUAUUGAAUGAGAAGAGUGACGUCUAUAGUUUUGGCGUAGUACUUGUAGAGUUGCUGCUCACGAAGAAGCCUAUUUUUACAAGUGACUCUGGGCUAAAGCAAAACUUGUCCAACUACUUCCUUUGGGAGAUGAGGGAGAAACCACUCGCAGAAAUAGUAGCUACUCAAGUUCUGGAGGAAGCAACAAUUGAAGAGAUUAAUGAUGUCUCUAGUCUUGCAGAGACUUGUUUGAGACUACGAGGCGAAGAGAGACCUACAAUGAAACAAGUCGAAAUGAAAUUGCAGUAUGUGCGAUCCAAAAGGUUGAGAGCAUGCCAGGUUGCUGUGACAAAUGAAUACAUGCAACCCUUAAUAUGUGGACAAAGCCAAGACACUCUUCUGAUGUUGACUACUCCGAGUGGUAUAGCAGACAGAGUUAAUAUAGCUUCUCAAAGGAACCAAAAUUGCUACAGCUUGGAGCAAGAGUUCAUGGCAUCGGCGACUCUCCCACGCUAGUCCAUCGUGUUCUUAGCAUUAAUGUUUGGUUGUCUACUUUUCCUAUUGAAGUGUUAUAUCAUUUGCCUCCUAUGAUGGAGAGGGUAAAGUAUACUCUACACUGUAUAGUGCACUAAAUAAUGGGCGCUUUAUACUGUCCAGAUUGGAAAGUUUCGUUCUUAUUCUCGCCUUAACAAAAAUUGUAAUUCUGCUACGGAUGUACCAUAUUAUUAUUAUAUCCCGGCUGCAUUUUGAA